GAUUGAAGCUGCGUUCUCAUGGAUGCUAGUUGGGCUUGUUACCGCUGAGCCACAAUGGAAACUCCAGUUUCCUUCAUUUAUAAAGAAUUAAAUUAAGUCAUUAAGAACGAAAUUCAGAGAGUCAGUCUUAACUCUCCUGGAAGGAGGGCUGAUGGAAAGGUUUCUCGAGCCUGGCUUGGCCAUAGCAAAGACUUCCUGGUUUUGUUCUUCUAUCUCCCUGGCUGAGCGGUUCGUGUUUUUGUGGACUGCCCUCCACUUGCCUUCUUUUAAUUUAUUCGGGAUUCUAUGACCUUAGGAAUCACAUCUCCCAGGUCGUCACUGACGCAGUAACAGAGAAGUGAAACUGAGACCACUAUUCACAAAGAAACAGAUGCGUCUGUACCUAGGCAUACAGUCUCCCCAACUUUUAAAUCCGCCCUUGCUGAAAUCAUCUAGCGUUUCAUUGGUUGUAACCUCCCUAAGGUCAUUUUUUAUUAGUUUAUUUUUAAUUUUUUACAUUUUAUGGCUGCAUCCGUGGCACGUGGAAGUGCCCCAGGCCAGGGAUUGAAUCCAAGCUGCAGCAGUGAACCUUCGAGGCACCUGCGGCAACACGUGAUUCUUUAACCCACUGCGCCAGGCCAGGGAUUGAAACCAUGCCCCUGCAGCGACCCCAGCUGCUGCAGUUGAAUUCUUAACCCACUGUGCCACCGUGGGAACUCCUCCCCAAGGUCCUUAGUGUGUGUGGUGCUGUGCCCCGUAUGUAGCCAAGACUGCCUCAGGGACCCAGUUCUUUCCAAAGUAGAUGCUGUGUUGCAUAGGAAUGUCGACUGAGACACAACACACAACCUAAAAGUUAAGGAUUAUGUUUCAUUCCUCAGAGAUACUCAGGACAUAAGCCCUGGAGACAGGCUCCCAGGUCGCUCUGAGCGACUGUUCCAAAGAGGUCAGGGAGGAGUCAGGAUAUAUGGGAGUUUUUGCAAAAAACAACCAAAAAAAAAAAACCCAGAAAACACACACACACAAACCAUCCCCCACCAAACCAAAGACCAAAACCUCACAAAACCAGGUAGUUGGAAAGUCAAAAGAUUAUGGUUAAUUAAAGAAAACCAGACAUCUCAAGUGAAUGAAUUUAGUGCUUUUAUGGGAAGAUGGAAGUGUUUGGGCUCAUUGAAGUCACUCCUUGACGUGCACCUUGACUGCUUAGGGCAACCAGCUUUUCUCCAUCCUGACUCCCCUCAGGGCGCAGUGGCUGAUGGCUACGUGGGUACAACAUCCUUUGUUUACUGCUAUGGCAGGUGACAUUCUUCGUCCACAGGAAUUUAUCAUCUUCAUACAGAGUUCAGAUCACGCCGGAAAGGUUGAGGCGAUCUUAAGCAGAACUGUGACAACAUGAAUUCAAAUGACGAAAUUGGUGCUUUCACAAAGUCACAUAUCUAGAUGAUGGAUAAUUUUUGUUUUCAUGGGAUGAUAGCCCUUUUUUUCCGUAAUUGUCCCAGGCACCCGUGUUUUUAGAAGUGAUUUUUAUUUUUCAUUGUAGUUGGUUAACCGGGCUGUCAGCGCUCUGCUGUAGAGCAGAGUGACCCAGCCAGACGUACACACACACACGUCCUUCCUCUCACACUACCCUCCACCGUGCUCCACAAGGGACUAGACACAGUUCCCAGGGCUACACAGCAGGACCUGACUGCCCAUCCGAUCCAAAGGCAACAGUUUGCAUCUAUAAACCCCGGGUUCCUGGUCCACCCCUUCCACCCCCCCCUCCGCCUCCGACAACCACCUCCUCUGGUCUCCAAGUCCACGUGUUUCUUUUCUGUGGAAAGGUUCAUUUGUGCCGUACACCAGACCCCAGAUGCAAGUGACAUCAUAGAGUGUCUGUCCUUCUCCCUCUGACCCACCUGACCCAGCACUAGAGUCUCUAGUCCCAUCCAUGUUGCUGCAAAUGGCACUGUCCUGUCCCCCCUUACGGCUGAGGAGUGCUCCAUGUGUUUACAGACCAUGUCUUUUUAAUCUAUUCAUCGGUCAAUGGACAGUUAGGCGGUUUCCAUGUCUUGGCUAUGGCCAAGCACCCAUUUUUGUCUGUGGUGGAGAGGGGUCUCUGAGGAAUUACGAUUUCUUUCUGAUUUAUCACGUGGAAUUUUAUACAUGAGAUACGUAUACGAGAUGUUUUCAGCUUAGGUGGAUGGCUCUGACUUUCAUCUAAAGUCGGUUGUUAUCAGUACCCCUCUGAUGCUUUUGAAGUACUGACUCACAUACAUAAAAGGGCAGCUUCCUUUGCCCAGGAGGUGCAGAAGCACAGGGCUCUCUUCAAGUUGAGCACCCAAGAUAAUCGAGGGAGAUAUUUGAAGACGUCUGACAGCCAGCCGCAACCUGGGAUACUUGACCUUGUUUCUUUGUUCUACUUGAGUGGGUUCCAUUGUAGUCCUCGUGCAGUUGAUUAUAAACCACCUGGCAGCCUCUAUGCUGUCCUGGCCUCUGGCAUCCUCUUCCUCACCGGCAGGACUUACCGCCAGUGGGAAUGGGGCUUUGCUAGUGAAAAGUCCUUGAGCAAAAAAGUGAUCUAAAAGCUGUUAAAAAUAAAGUAAAAUGAAAUGAAAUAAAAUAAAGUCUGUUUAAGAAGAGCUUUCCUGGAAUUCCCUUGGGGCACAAGAGGUUAAGGCUCCAGUGUUGUCACUGCAGAGGCUCAGGUUGCUGCAGUGGCACAGGUUCAGUCCCUUGCCUGGGAAUUUCCACAUGCCUCAGGGGAGGCCCCCAAAAAUAAAGAAUAAAAAUGGAAGGGCUUUCCUCCCCUGCCUUGCAUCCUUUUGUAGAAAUUCACUUACCUACUAGACUGUGUAUGUGUUUUUACUUAGCAAACACUUUCAGAUGCUUACCCUCUGCGGGCAUUAUUCUAAGCACUUUAAAAAUAUUAACUCAUCAGUCUUCUUAGCCAUUGCUUUUAUUCCCGUUUUUGUUUUACAUGGGAGAUGGUUAAGAGCUUGUCCGCAGUCUCAGUGCUGUGACGUGUGAGGGCUUGAGAUGCCAGCCCGGGCAGUGGCCCCAGCUCCCCGUGCUGUGCUGCUGCCUCUCCCGCUGCUGGACACAGAGACACGGAGAGAAUGGGUGCACAGUGGGCCCCUCGGAGAGGUCUUCAUCCCACGAAACAGUGCACAGAGGCCAAAAAGCAUUGCUGGUAUUUUGAAGGACUCUAUCCAACAUAUUACAUAUGCCGCCCUUAUGAAGACUGCUGUGGCUCCAGGUGCUGUGUGCGGGCCCUCUCCAUUCAGAGGCUGUGGUACUUUUGGUUCCUCCUGAUGAUGGGCGUGCUUUUCUGCUGCGGAGCCGGCUUCUUCAUCCGGAGGCGCAUGUACCCCCCGCCGCUGAUCGAGGAGCCGGCCUUCAACGUGUCCUACACCAGGCAGCCCCCGACCCCCGCUCCAGGAGCCCAGCAGCUGGGGCUGCCGUAUUACACCGACCCUGGAGGACCAGGGCUGAACCCUGCUGGGAAUCCCGUGGCGAUGGCUUUCCAGGUUCAACCCAACUCACCCCAGGGAAGCAUGGCCUACCCGCCGCCCCCUUCGUACUGCAACACGCCCCCGCCCCCGUAUGAGCAGGUGGUGAAGGCCAAGUAGCCGGGGAGCUGCUUGGCGCCUGGCUGUGCGAUGUGGCCGGGAGGCGCGGAGGAGCUGUCCCCUGCCCUCCCUCCCCGCCGCCAGUGUGCACUUCCAGGAAGGGUCUGAUGAGCCUCGAAGGGCAGAUGCCUCUUUGACGUCUUCAAAGCAAGCACAGCUUCCUUUCAACUUUUCCUCGGAGGACUAAUAUUUGAAUUCACCCUGUGUCUCCUGUUGCUUCUGUUUCCGAUGUAACCUGUGCUCUGGCCGAGGGGACAGUCCCGAGGGGUGACACCCUGGGGGGUGUCCAGAUCCUCAGGAGAGAGACUGGGGCUGAAGGCGCCGCAGGGCGCGGGCAGGUGGGCGGAUGCGCAGCGGCCUGGGGCCCGGCCCCGCGCCCAGCUCGGCCCAAAGGGGGCCCUGCGCAGUCAGCCGAGGGACCCCCUUGUCCCGUGAGUCUUCCUCCUCAGAAAGCCGUUCGAGAGCCGGCCGUUGGGGGGGCGGCCCGUGAGCACUGCUGCCUUCCCUCUCGUCCUAAGGACGCCAAGCCCGGGAGAGCCCUGCCCACGGCUCGCAGCUCAAGGAGGUGAGAUGCUCGAAUCAGGCCACGUUGCUGUCUACGGUGAUCUGAAAGCCACUAGGAAAGUUAUUUAAAUUCAUGAGCGAUUGUGCCCCCCCUCCAGGCCAGACAUUGCAUUUUCUGAGCCCUUGGUCUGGCUUGGGGGUCGAGAAUGUUCCUGCUGCACCGAGCCUCUGCGGAAGCCGGCCUGGGGUCCUGUCCUGAGUCGGUCUCCGUCGUCCCCUCGCCCUCCCCCGAGGCCGCUCUGACCGGGGCUUGAGAUGGACACUUUCAGGCCGGGACUGGAAAGCCACCUUAGUCCCUGGACAGAGGCCUCCCAGCGGGCUUAGCCUGGGGUGGGGGGAGACUGGCCAGGGUCCCGGCUGUUGGAUCUCAGCGGGUGGGCCCCAGGGCUCGGAAAAGGAGGAGCUGGCUCAGAAAAAGAACACAGAACCCCAGGACUGCAGAUGCAGCGCCUCAAAAAUACCGAGUAGAUUUCCCCAAAGAAGAGGUUAUGUUAGAAUAAAACCAGACGUGGUUGGAAGCA